AUGUUCACUCGUCGUUUGCAGGGAAAAAGAUUUCUUGUUGCGUGUCUGCACACCAGUCGUCGCGUCCAGAAUUCACGGAAGGUCAUUGAAAAGUUCAAACUCGCGGACAUUGGUGAAGGCAUCACGGAAUGCGAAAUCAUCAAAUGGAAUGUCAAGCCGCAAGCAGUCAUCCAGGCAUUCGAUCCAUUGUGUGAGGUUCAAAGUGAUAAAGCUAGUGUUGAAAUCACAAGCCCUUUUGAUGGAGUUGUCACAGAGCUAUUGGUUCAAGAAGGACAAGUGGCAAAGGUAGGGUCUAACCUAUGCUUGAUUGAAGUGGUCAAGGAGGCGGCAAUUGGAAUAAGUCCCAACGUUGCGGAACCUGUAAACACUUCAUCGAAUCCUGAUACGAAUUCACUGCCUACUAUCGAGUCAGAACAAGAGCCCGGAUCUUCAAAGGAAUUCGCCAGUGCCCCACGACGAAAGCACCCAAUGGACCCCACAUUUACCCCAGACACCAAAUCCAAUUCCCCGAUUUACGCUACUCCCUCCGUUCGUCAUAUUGCACGCCAGCGUGGCGUCGAUCUUUCUCAGCUAGCUCCUGGAAGUGGAAAGGACGGAAGGAUAGAGAGGCGGGAUAUCGACGAUUAUCUGGCUGGUGCUGCAACGACCGGGGCUCCAGUAGCCUUGCAAGAUGAUCAGGACGUCGUCGUUGAGCUUGGAAGGACGCGUCAUAGUAUGUGGAAAGCCAUGGAAAAGAGUCUACAUAUACCCCACUUUGGAUAUUCUACAACUCUUGACCUCACCACCCUGCAUGGCUUACUGCCAUCGUUAAACGCAAACAUACCACCACACUUUCUCCCGCCAUCUGUUAUCCCCACACUCCCCUUGGCAGUUUCUCCCUCAUCUGUUUAUCCUCCCUCUCCACCACCAGAAGUCCCUCCAUCAGGUCAAUAUACGCGUCUUACCUACCUCCCAUUCCUUCUCAAGACACUGGCUAAAUCCAUGCUUGAAUGGCCACUGUUUCGCGCGUCCAUUACAACCACUGAUCCUUCAUCGAAGCCAACCUUGACUAUUCGCCCUCAUUCAGACAUAUCCGUCGCACUCUCUACACCCAAUGGCCUUUACACACCUACCAUUCAAAGUGCAGACUCGCAUUCCAUGUACGCUCUAUCCUCUCAGUUGAAAUACCUUUCCCAUCUUGGUCGUCAAAUUCCCUGUGGUUUGACACCAAAGGAAAUGCCAAAACGCGGAGGAACCCUAACCGUAUCUAACGUUGGUGCAAUUGGUGCCGGUGACUUCGCUGCUCCGGUGCUAGUUCCUGGAGGCGGGGUUGCUAUAGUAGCGCUAGGGCGAGCAAAAUGGGUGUGGGAUGUUGAUCGAGGGGAUGGUAGUGGGGAAAGGAGACUAAAACUUGGUGUUUCAUGGAGUGCUGACCAUCGUGUCAUUGAAGGUGCAGAGCUUGCUGCGUUUGUUGAGUGCUGGAGGGGUUACGUUGAGAAUCCCGCAAGGCUCAUUGCGGAUAGUGUAUGA